GACGUUCCCCAAUGGAAAAGGAGAGCUGCCUUCACAGGACUAGGAAUUGGUUUAUCUACGAGAAUAACAGCAUGACCGGGGCGGGGAGAGCCUAUCAAGUGCUGCUAGACGGAACGGGGCGGGGCAGGCCACUGGUUGCGGAGUGAGCUGGGCGCGCGGCGCGCAGGCGCCCUGGGGACCCGGUAGCGGCGGUGGCGGUGGCGGUGGCGGUGGCUGCGGCGACGGCAGAGGCGAAGGGAGCCGGAUCGCCGACCUGAGGGGGAGGCGGCGGUGGCGGCCAUGGCGGCAGAUGGAGAGCGUUCCCCGCUGCUGUCCGAGCCCAUCGACGGUGGCGCGGGCGGCAACGGUUUAGUGGGGCCAGGCGGGAGUGGGGCUGGGCCCGGGGGAGGCCUGACCCCCUCCGCACCACCGUACGGAGCCGCAUUUCCCCCGUUCCCCGAGGGACAUCCAGCCGUGUUGCCUGGAGAGGACCCACCCCCCUAUUCACCCUUAACUAGCCCAGACAGUGGGAGUGCCCCUAUGAUCACCUGCCGAGUCUGCCAGUCUCUCAUCAACGUGGAAGGCAAGAUGCAUCAGCACGUAGUCAAGUGUGGUGUCUGCAAUGAAGCCACUCCAAUCAAGAAUGCACCCCCAGGGAAAAAAUAUGUUCGAUGCCCCUGUAACUGUCUCCUUAUCUGCAAAGUGACAUCCCAACGGAUUGCAUGCCCUCGGCCCUACUGCAAAAGAAUCAUCAACCUGGGUCCUGUGCAUCCCGGACCUCUGAGUCCAGAACCACAACCCAUGGGUGUCAGGGUUAUCUGUGGACAUUGCAAGAAUACCUUUCUGUGGACAGAGUUCACAGACCGCACCUUGGCACGUUGUCCUCACUGCAGGAAAGUGUCAUCUAUUGGGCGCAGAUACCCACGUAAGAGAUGUAUCUGCUGCUUCUUGCUUGGCUUGCUUUUGGCAGUCACUGCCACUGGCCUUGCUUUUGGCACAUGGAAGCAUGCACGGCGAUAUGGAGGCAUCUAUGCAGCCUGGGCAUUUGUCAUCCUGUUGGCUGUGCUGUGUUUGGGCCGGGCCCUUUAUUGGGCCUGUAUGAAGGUCAGCCACCCUGUCCAGAACUUCUCCUGAGCCUGAUGACCCACAGACUGUGCCUGGCCCCUCCCUGGUGGGGACAGUGACACUACGAAGGGAGCUGGGGUAGUUAAAGGCUCCCAGGGCUUCUAUAAGGAAGCCAAGCAGCUGCCUUCCUUUUCCCUGGGGAGAGGUAGGAAGGAACCAGGCCCUCACUUAGGUUUGGAGGGGCAGAUAAGAGCACUGCUGACCAUCUGCUUUCCUCCAAGGGUUGCUGUGUCUAGGGUGAAGUAGGCAAAACGUUGCCCUUAAAACUGGGUCCUAAAGACGGUUCCAGCCUUGUCCUUCCUGUGUGCUCCCUGAGAGCCAUUCCUGUCCCUUACACAUUCCAGGGCAGGGUGGGGGUGGGUAGCCCUGGGGGUUCCCCUCCCUCUUGUGCACCAUUAGGACUUUGCUGCUGCUAUUGCACUUCACCAGAGGUUGGCUCUGGCCUCAGUACCCUCAGUCUCCUCUCCCCACAUUGUUUCCUGUGGGGGUGGGGUCAGCCGCUGCUCUGUACAGAACCACAGGAACUGAUGUGUAUAUAACUAUUUAAUGUGGGAUAUGUUCCCCUAUUCCUAUAUUUCCCUUAAUUCCUCCUUCCGACCUUUUUUACCCCCCUCCCCCCAACCAGUUGCAGUAUUUAACUGGGCUGGGUAGAGUUGCUCAGUCUUUGGGGGAGGUUAGGGACUUAUCCUGUGCUUGUAAAUAAAUAAGGUCAUGACUCUAC